UUUGUUUGGAGUCCAUAAUUGUGAUCUUAACUCCAUCCGUAGGAGCAGCAAUUGCGAAUAUCUCGCGAUAUUUUGCGACUGCCAACACUUCCUUUACAGACAACGAAGAGUGGGCGAAAUGUGAAAGACGAAAGAGGAUCUGUAUCUCUGUAUCGGCGACUGACUAAUAUAAGUCUUACAAAUGAGAUUUAUGCGUAAAAAGUAGUAAAAACAGUGCUGUGACAUUUUUAUUGGGUUUAACAUAUACUUUUGUGUUUUGAUUUUAUGGCGCGAGUCUCUUAUAACUGGACACAUUACGCAACAUUUACUUUGUUUAUCGUAAGAGGAACUGGCGUGUUUCCUCAAGAAAGCCAGCUAGAUGGCUGAUUUCACGGUGAAAGAUAUGGAUUAAAAAGCGACGAAAUGAUCCGCCACAUUUGCGUAGGGGUGGUUUUGACGCUGUUAAUCAACAUAGAGGGGACAUUCUGCUUAAAUCCGCCUCAGGAUGUCAAGAUAGUCCGAUCAAAUCUUCAGUGGAAGAAGCCACCAGACGAUGAUGACAGUUUCCUGUAUUCACUGCAGUAUAAAACUGGCUCCAAAACAGGUGAUGAAUGGUACAAUGUAACGAGCCACAACUGGACAGAAUUCAGAUUUCAAAUCACUCCUGAGUUUUAUGGAGCAGUAUUUCGAGCGCGCGCAGAGAAAGGAAUCAACGUGUCAGAAUGGCAGUAUUCCGAUCCAGUCAAGUGUGUAAAUGCUAACUCCUGUGUUCCUGUGUUGAAACUGUCUGUGAAACCGGAAAUGGUUUAUGUGACUACAGCACAUAUGGACGAGAGCUUAGAAAAAGAAGAUGGAAAUGUUGCAUUUAAUUUAUCAUUCUGGAAAGUGAAUAACGGAGGAUACUCAAAGGUCUCUUGCAUCCUUCACACAGAAAAAAUCAUCAAGAAUGAACACAUUUUUAAACUGGAAUCAGGGCAAAACUACUGUUUCCAGGUUCAGUAUUUGCUCUACGAAAAGCCCUAUGGGAACGUUAGCAACCAAAUUUGUGCAAUCAUCCUGGAAACACCUGAAACAAUAAAGAGCCGUGCUUUACUCUAUAGUAUAUUAACUUCAUUUCUUGUUACGGCCAUGUGUGGAGUCUGUAUUUUUCUGCUUUUUAAACGCCACAAAAAGGUCAAACAGUUGUUACAGCCACUUCGCCUGGAAAUUCCUGACCACUAUCAAGAGUUUUUUAGGUCUGGGUAGUUUCCUCUUCAAGCAUGUCCAAGUCCCAGCAGUCAAAGUUUGCGGUCAUAUGACAUGAUCACAGUAAUAGAGAACAGCCAUUUGGAGCAGAAAGGCCAAGAAGAGGAACAAGAAAAAAUCAUUUUAACUUAACGAUUGUGUGCAUAUUUAUGCAUAUUCUUAGUUUAUUUACC